GGAUGUUUAUGGAUGCAAUCAAAAGAGACAAAAAGGCAAAGCAGACAAAGAAGUCACAGACAAUGAAAAAUGGACGCAUGAGAAGGCCUCUAUUGAAAUGUUUAAACACCUACUGGAUCAAAAUGGCUUAAAAGAAGUGAUGAAGAAAUAUGGACUGAAAGUAGAUGAAGAUGGAACUGACCUGGUGUUUAUUGAAGAAAUGAUUGAGAAACCUCAGGAUAAAAAACCUCAGAAUGAUGCAGCUCAGGAUAAUGAACAUCAGAACAAUGAUGCUUCCAAGGAGUGGCCAUAUAAAGGUCGAGAAGAGAAAAAAUCCUUUCUCUAUGAAAUUGUGUCAAACAAGAAAACCGGGAUUGAUGUUGACAAGUUUGACUACUUAGCCAGGGAUUGCCACCACCUGGGCAUUCCGAACAGCUUUGACCAUCAGCGCUUCGUCAUGUUUGCCAGGGUGUGUGAUGUGAAUGGGAGGAAGCACAUUUGCUCUAGAGACAAGGAAUCUGCAAACCUGUAUGACAUAUUCCAGCAAAGGCUCUCGAUCCACAGAAGAGCCUGCCAGCACAAGAUAAAAAUGGCAGUAGAAAUUAUGCUCAAAGAUGCCCUCAUACUAGUAGAUGACCAUCCAGACUUCAAAAUUAAAAGUUCAAAAGGGGAGAUGCUUCAUAUCUCCCGGGCAAAUGGUGACAUGGAGGCAUACACAAAGCUGACAGAUCAUGUGUUUGAAAGAAUACUCCAUUACCAGGAAGGAAGGAAGGAACCUUCCUCCGAGGAAGAAAGGAAAAAAGAACAAGAUUUGGAGCAGGCAAGAGAGAUUCUAAAGAGGGUCAUGAAACGGGACCUGUACCGCUGUGUGGGUCAAGCAAAGGACAAGAAAAAAGAAAAAAAAAAGGAAACACUUGAGAGAAUUAAGAAGGAUUUGGAAGAUAAACUGAGUAAAUGCUCUCCUGAUGACAAGUUUGAAGUUAUUGAUGUCACUUUGGACUAUGGGAUGGAAAAUGUUGACCCCAUCAGUAAAGCAUAUUUCUAUCGCAAGGAUAACCCUGAUAAAGGAGAACCAAUCCCCAAAUCAGAUGUGUUCAGUGUCCUCCCAGACUGGUUUUCUGACGAGAUGCUUAGGGUUUACUGGAAGAAUCCUAAGGAACUAACAGAUGAACAAAUAAAAACAAAAGAGGAAAAAUUCAAGAAAGUCUUCAAUGACUGGUGCAAGAAGAAUGGUUAUAAGGAUCUAAACAAGGAAGUCCCCAGCGCUGGUCAAGCAACUCCAGGAAAUGAAUGAAUGAAUGAAUGAAUGAAUAUGUCAAAGAUUCAGUUAUCAAUUUUUUUUGUGCAACAGUAGAGAUUUUAAUAUAGGUGUUUUGAAUGAGAAAAAAAUAAUGUUGUUUGAUUUUUUUUUCAUUGUUUGAUUUAAAUCUUAACUAUAUGAUUUAGACUAGAUGUGAAAUUUUAUCAAAAUAUUACAUAUUGAAUGAUUUUUUUUGUGAUUUGGACUAACUGAUACUACUUCCUUUAACAUGUAUCAAUAUGAAAUAAGCUCUUGAUAAUCUCAAAUAAAAAAUUUAUUGUAAUGUUUUGACUACAUAUUGCAUGUUUUCACUAGAAUCAAACUAAAUAGAUCACCUCGUUUCAAUACAUGCAGUUUUGGGUACUGUUGUGAUUUGGUCAUUAUCUGAAAAUUCAUUAUUUAUCAUAUCGUCUAUCAAUGAAAAUCUAUAAAAGUUAGAAUCUUUCAGCUGUUUUCCUGUUCUGAUUCGUUUGCUGCUGAUUUCUGGUAAAUUCCAAAUAAAGCUAAUUUUCUCUUA